CCACACCUUUUAAAAUGGCAGACACCAUGACGAAAACUGAAAUUUCUAUAAGUGUCAUUAAAUUGAAGACGAAACUAAAUGAUAUUGUACCAGACUGGAUGAUGUUCGGAAUACAACUAGGAGUACCUAUGACUAAGCUAAGAUCCAUUGAGUCUAGCAGAUAUCAUUCCAGGAGUACUGAUGAUAAGUUUACAUUGAUGCUUACAAAGUGGCUUGAGAUUUCAACUGAUCAAACAUGGUCAAACAUAUCAACGGCAUUGGAAGCUAUAGGAAACAGAAGAUUAGCUUGCUCCAUUAAAGACAAAUAUGGGGAAGGCAAUGUUACUGUUGAUGCAACUGAUUUGCAAACAAUACUUAAAGAAGUAAUACCAAACUGGAUUCAUUUUGGGCUGAUGCUUGGAAUACCCAAAAUAGAGUUGGAUAUUAUUGAUGAUCGUAAUCCAUACUCCCAGUAUUUAUUUGAGACCUUAGAGUACUGGAAAGAUAAUGGAGAUUUUACAUGGGAGACACUAAUCGAUGCUGUGAGAAGAAUUGGCAAUGAAAAGCUUGCAAUGGCACUGGAAAAAGAUUACAUUGUACAAACAUGAGACUGAACAUGCUCUCCCAU